AAAAAAGUAAAAAUACUGCAACUGUAUAAAUACAAAACUACAUGAGCUCAAAAAGGAACAACACCUACAAUGGUGGUGGCGCUAAUGGCAAUUAUAACAAAAGCAAUGCGAGAGGACCUCCUAGAGAAAGGAAUCCUAGGCAUACACAACGAGCUAAUUACGAGCAAGCUACGGGAGAAUCUCGAGCCAUUCAAUUAUUAAAACGAAUAUUUAGUGACGAGGACGAUACCUCAUUUUCGCGUAGACUCGCCCAUUCAAAUCAGUUACUAAAAAUUUUGGAAGAAUCGCGAAACACUGUGUCAGAUUCGCUUCAAUUUAGACAGGAACAGAUGCAAUUAUUGGAUAUAUGUAUAUAUGACGAAGGACUCCGCAGAAUUGUAGAAUUUGGAAAAGUCCCUUCGUCUUUGCGUACUGUGCUUGCAAAGAUUGUGUCAGGAUUAGCUUGUUACACUCGUUUAGAUCUUGCUUUAAGCUGGAUCUUCGAUAGAUUAGAAAGUUGGCCUACUGCCGAAAAAUCUAUUGUAGAAGUCAAUAAAGAUCGUGAAUGGAAGAAAUGGCUCUUACGUCUGCUGAAACAAGUUCUUGUAGAUUCCUCCACAGAUCAAUAUACUUACCGACAAACCCAAGAGAUGUCACCGACAAUUUUAUCCGGAAUCAUCACCUUUUUGGAUACUAUGGAUUCACCUGAAUAUAUUCCUACUAUCAUAGAUAUAUUGGUUUUUUUUGCAGAAAACUAUCAAAAUUUGUUUAGACAGAGAUUCAAAGAUAUUAUCGAUUUACUUGUGGGAUGGAAUAUGGAUAUUGGACUAUCGGAUACGAAACGAGAGUCGAUCAUCUCUUCAUACUCAAAGUUUGGUGCAUUUUGGGGAGGCUACCUCCCAUUUGCCGUUAGUCUUUUACGUCAUUUUCUUGAUGAUAUGCAUGCUAUUGUUAGAGAGUUAACAAUUAUGCCCAUUCACGAUACUGAAGAAUACAAAGGAAGAUGGGGUGUGUGUACAAAUCUGUUUGAGUGUUAUCUUGCGAUAUUAGAUGCGAUGCAGCCUUUGCUUCCAAAGGAUAGCAAAUACCAGGAUCAACAUAUCGCAGAAAUCACAUUUGAAAAAAUGCUGCCUGAAAUUGUUUCCUUAGUUAACAAUGCGCUUCCUGCUAACCCUUGUUUAAAAUGGAUACAGAUAUCUAAAAGUGUCAUGCUAUCUUUGAUCUCGUACAAGCCAAACAUUUAUCGAGCCUUUCAAAAAGACGUAUACCUUUAUCUUACAGAACAGGCAAAAUCGGAUAUAUAUAUGGGCCCUCAAGAAUAUUUACAAACGCUCAUGCGUUUUAUAGACUUUUGGGACACAGAUAUUGAUGAAGAUAUUAUACACCAUUUGUUAGAUCCUCAAAUCUCUCCUUUGUUUCAAUUGCGGGUUAACAAUCGAGGAAACACCAAAUUAAACGAGGGUAUACUGGUUCUACUUCGAUUCCUUAACAGGAUCCCAAUUUGUGAAGAAAAUCGCUUUUAUACAAACCACAAAAGCAUCGAUCAAUUGAUUAAAUCCCAACGCAGUAUGAAGCAGUUUUUCGGUACCACAACCAAAAAUCGACCACUCAAAAGAGCGAUGGUGUUUAUUGAGCAAAAUGAUGGGGCUGUCUCUUUUGACUGCGUAGAGCAAGGAAAUACGGUUACAGAGUUAGAAGUAAAUUUUGCAAUAGAAGAUGCAUUAUUAUUCAACUUUCUUUUAUUGGAUUCUGCUUCUGUCUGGCCACAGUUACGUUUUGAGAACUCACUAACUUCUUUGGAAAUGUUGUGUAUGGCAUGGACUUAUAAGUGUAACGACCUUUUCGAUUCUUGCUUCCAGUUACUAAAAGAUUAUUGGACCAGGCUAAACUUUUUGAUCGAUGAUGUAUAUGAAUUCGAAAUGGUUGCCUGUCUAUUGACAGAUUUAUUUGAAAAUUGGACAGAACUCAAUUUGCAUACUAGACAAUCAAUAAGCGACUUUGUUAAGUCUGUAUUGACUGCCUUAUACGAGACUGAAAACUUUCAACUGAACUCGUCGCCUCUCUUCAAACCUAUCAUGUCUGGGUUUUUGUUUGCAGCAGGAGUUGAAAAAAACAACUUGCUGAAAGAGAGUAUUCUAAAACUCAUUGCGCACUAUUGUCAGAUAUUUGGAUCAUCCGAUAUUAUCGACUUAAUACUUGAACAUGUUCAAAAAAGCAUCAAUAAUCCACACCGAAAAGUUCAAAAUGCUAGUAAAGAUCUAUUAACCUCUCUCAAUCCUUUUAUGAUUUCUGAAGUGAAAAAGUUUGAUGAUACAACUGCCGCGUUUAUACAGAGUAUCAUUAUGGCUACACCACAUACAGGUUCCUUCCGACCCGUGCAUUAUGAGAUUGUUAUGAAACACCUUGGUAUGGCGGAACAUUUAAUUGGGUCAGAUGAUCAACAAGUACUCAUUGCUUCUAAUCCGGCAAACACUUCGGAAUGGGCUAGGCGACUACUUCAUCAUUGUGAUACCAUUGGUAAUAUGAAAAACGUAAAUAUAUUCGGUGAGCUUGAAGAAGAAUUGGAUUUAGGGGCUAUUGUUGACCUGAUAAACAACAGUGAGCCAUUGCUGUGUUAUUGGGCAAUGUGGGAAUCAGCAAGAUAUUGCAUGUUAUCGCGAUUACGUACCCCCUUUGGCGGACCGCAACAAACGUUUGCUGCUUUUGAACGCAUGUUAACUUCGUUAGUAAACAAUGCAGAAUUGAAAGAGUGUGGAGGACAAAACGCUGACUUCUUGCGUCACUUGCUACUUUUGUUGGAUCGGUUGGAGCUUCAAAUAUCUAAUGCAUCUUUUGGAUGUGCUACUGGUACCCUUCCUGCCGUUCCACGCUCCAGUCUUAUCUUUUUUAGAACAAACAAAAAAACAUGUCAUGAUUACUUUUCCAGGAUCAGACAUAGUAUCAUUGCAGGCGCUAAAAUUGUAGGCAAUGAUCAUUUAUUGAUAGCUCAUGUUAUACGGAUCUUAUCAGAGCUCGAAUCAAACAUUCCGUCAAUGGCAGAUAUUAUGCCUUGGUUUAAAGAACUAAAUGGAUAUCUCAGCGAGUUGGUUGAAGCAUGUAUACGCGAACAGUAUAUGGAUCUUAUAUACGGUAUGCAAGCAUGGUACAAGAAAUUAGUCAGAAAGGUCUAUCAGCUGUCAUCCGAGUUUAAAGAAAAUUGGGGCUUUGAAGGGCUCAUUGGUCCUAUAAUAAGAUCAGGUGAAAUCUCUAAAGCUACUGUCACUUGGUUUCAAGUUGCAGCCUUGUUUGCAUCCAGUCGGGAUGAGAUGGCAAUCAAGUCUUUAAACACCUUAAAGUCUUUUAUAUCCAACGACAAUUAUGGAAUACUUGAUAUGCUUGAUAGACAAGUAGUGCACUUUUAUACUUGCCUUGAAGACUAUGAUGCACUUCAAGCGAUGCUUGAUUCUGGGUCUACAGUGAUCAAUAGUUUUAUUUGUGAUAGUCUCCGCUCAUUUAACUCUGGCCAUGAAGGGUUUGAAAAGGAACGAUCAGCAGCCAUGUCGAAUAUACAAAAAUUUGUUAAAACCGCACCACUUGAAUCAUGUUUGGAGCUCGCUAGAUUAGAUCGAUUUAGAAACUGGGUUGUCUCUUCGGACGAAAAAUCGGCUAUUACUUUAAAUUCAGAUAUUACUGUCCGACUUACUGGAAGGAUUCUUCAGGUGCUGAAAGAUGGAAUUUUUACAAAUAUCUCAAGUUUGCUUGAACUUCAGCUACUUCAGUGUGACUGGAAUAGUCUGAUUUCAAGUGCUAAAGACUGGUUUGAUGUGACAUCAGGCAAUAUUCCCAACUUCCAUAACCUUCCUCCGGAGACUAAACAUUGGGCUAGAUUAUCAACCUAUUUUGAAAGGUUAUUCAAGCUUAAUGAAUCUAACAAGAUACAAGGUGUAUCGCAAUGUCUUGGCUUUAUCCAACUUCAUUCGGCUAAAGUGGCUCGACGUCAAGGGAACUUUACGCUUGCUGAAAAGCUAAUCAAUAAGGCUGUCCUUGUUUCUGAUACUAAAUACUUGGCUCUUUACGAACGUACAAAGGUUCUAUUUACCCAAUCAAAUUAUACACAGGCCAUGGAAACGAUUAAUGAAGUCUUAGUUCACACUUCAUCUGUGCCUGAGUAUCAGGAGUUGAGAAGUAAAGCGUAUCUCAAGGUGGCUCUUUACUUAAAGAAUAGUCCUGUGGGCGAAGUCACUACUCUGCUGAAAAAAUUGGACACAAAGCUAAUGGAAAUGUCAGCAACCGAUUUACAAUCUUCAGUGGAAAACUCAAUCGACUUUGCUCUCGAAAAAUCGAUUGAAAACAAUACAGAAGAUGGACGGCCUUGGUUCGAAUAUGCUACCCAUUACUACAAGCAAGGCUGGCGUAUUUUAGAUGAAGUUUUACGACCCCAUUCAACAAUGCCAAUAAUAAUUUGGGCUAGUGAAAAAAUACAGUUGGCUCUUGAAAAGGCUGAUGCUACUAUUGAUAAAAAGCAAACCCAAAAGAUGAUAUUUUGUCUUCUGACUAAGUACUCAUCUUCUAUUGGUGAUAAAAAAUUAGUCGACUGUGAUUUCUUAAGCACUAGCUUGCGUCAAAUAGCACCAUUUUUAGAUGCUGAAGGAGAAAUUUCUGUACUCGAUACGUUAGAUGUUUUACAAAAGAUGGUCAUUGACAAAUUCUAUGCUUCCGCUCAAGCCUAUUUUCGUUAUCUUUCUUUAGAUAUUCAUAACGGAAAUGUUGAAAGCACAGAAAACAUUAGCUCAACAUCUAUGGUAAUCACUGCAUCACUUCGUAUCUUGCGUAUACUUACUAAGUAUGGAGAAGCAUUACAAAAUUUAUACACUGAACAUAUCGAGAUUGUGCGCGUCGACCUUUGGAAACAAGUUAUUCCCCAACUUUUUGCACAAUUGAACCAUCCCAACGAAUUUAUUAGACAACUCAUUGGGAAACUCAUCAGUAGAAUCUGUGAUGAAUAUCCCCGUGAAAUUGUUUAUGAUGUUAUUGUCAAUUCAACCUCAUCAAAAACCAAUCGCGACACAAAACAAAGCCUUACUGCUAUUGCUAACCGAAUGGUGGACCGAAACGAAUUAUUAUGGGCCUCUACUAGACGUAUGGCAGAAGAGCUUGAGAAGAUUACAGUACUGUUAGAAGAAAAAUGGCAGAAUAAGAUCGCUUCGUUACAAUUUGAUGUCAUGCAACAGUUUAGUAAGCUUGAUCAAGAAGCUGAGCUUUUGACAAACUCCGAAGACAACUCUCGUGAAAGGAACUUCUUGGGCUUAUAUGACACUGCGAUGAAAUUCGUUAUUGCUUCGAUCGACAGACUAUUCUUAGAAACUGCCGAAAAUUCAGUAAUAUCCACACCUCACGAACAAUGGUUCCAAAAAACUUACGGCAAACAACUGAUAAGAGCCUACAAUCUGCUUCAAAAGCCUAAAUCAAUGAAAGAAUACCGUCAUGGUUGGGAAUGUUUUCAGAAGCUUCAUCGUGAUCUUAUGACAGAGACUCACAAAGUGCGUAUCCUUGAAUUAAAAGACGUUUCGCCGUAUCUUUCUAACAUGAAACGUACACUUAUUGGUAUCCCCGGCUGUCAUAAAAAUGACGAGUCAUGCUUUAUUGAUACAUUCGGUACAAGUGUGAUUGUUCUCCCUACCAAGACAAAACCAAAAAAACUUGAUAUGAAAGGAACUGACGGCAAAAAGUAUUCUUACCUAUUCAAAGGGCUGGAAGAUCUUCAUCUGGAUGAACGCGUUAUGCAACUACUGACUACAACAAAUGGACUUUUGAGCGAAAACGGGGCAACCGCUCUGCGUGGUAUGAAGUCCAGAACUUAUGCUGUUAUUCCUUUGAGCGAUCAUUCCGGUAUGAUUCAAUGGGUCAAUGAUGCCACGCCCUUCUUUGCAUUGUUCAAAAAGUGGCAAAAGAGAGAAUCUGCGGCAUACAUGCUUUUAUCGAACGACAAACCCAGUGAGGCACAUAUGCACGCGUUAUUGCAAAGACCUACUGAGAACUUUACUGCAAAGGUUGCCACUACAUUGAAAGCAGCGGGAUUACGUGUAACGGCCAACAGAAAACACUGGCCUAAAGAAGUAUUGGAGCAAGUGUAUUUGGAGCUCGUCAAAGAAACGCCAGGAGAUCUUUUAGAAAAGGAGCUUUACUACUCAAGCUCAAGCGCCACGGAGUGGUAUAAAAAAAGUACCUCCUUUGCUCGUUCAUUAGCUGUCACAUCAAUGAUUGGCUAUAUCAUUGGUCUUGGCGAUCGUCAUUUAGAUAAUAUGUUGAUAGACUUUCGAUCGGGUGAAAUCAUUCAUAUCGACUAUAAUGUCUGUUUUGAAAAGGGCAGGCGUCUUCGUGUUCCGGAAUUGGUUCCUUAUCGUUUAACUCAAAAUCUUCAUGGAGCGUUGGGUAUCACUGGCGUAGAUGGUCAAUUUAAAACCGCCGCUGAGGAAACACUUCGUGUACUUCGAAAGCAUAAGGAGGUACUCGUAACUCUUUUGGAUGCGUUUGUAUAUGAUCCUCUUGUGGAUUGGGAAAGUGAAGCUGUGGAGACUGGUUAUCGACAGAUGAUGGAAUUACAAACCAAUCUUGGAUUAGUAGCUACUCGCAUCACGGAAAAACAAGUUGAGAAUGAAAAAGAAAAGUCGUUAAUUUUAGGAAGUCUAGCCAGUUUACAACAUAAUUUACAUCAAUGGCAAGAAUCAAUGCUUUUGGAGGCAGAGUCUCUCAAUGAAGAAGAGGGGAGUGAAGAUGAUGACUCUAUAUUAGAUAAUGGUGCCUCGCUUCCUGCUGCUGAUAAUGAUUCUCCAUCUUUCAUGGGCCGUCUUCCUAUCUAUCUUUUACGAGAAGUUAAAAGUCAUCUCUCUGGAGUCGUUUCUUUAAUUUCAAACUCUAGGUCUUCAAUAGAAGGGUUGUGCCCUUUGCUUGAAUCUAUAAUUAUUAUUGAGACUGAUUCGGAUAAUGAAUUGCGCCCUGCUCAAAAAAGUGCUAAGAUGGCUUUGGACUCGCUCUCUGUUUUGGAUAUGGAGUUUAAAAAACUGGAUAAGCAAAUCAAAGAAAACAAUAACUACGAAUCUGAGUGGAGUUACUCUCAAUUGCUUGAAUUCAUCCAAUUAAUGAUCAAAUCUGUGCAAGAUUUUUACUCUUCCCUGAGAAUUUUAGAAGAGUUUGGACCCGAUAGUAGUAAAAAUGUAGCUUCAUUAACAAGCGAUGAAACCGGACGCCUGCAAGAUGAUUAUAAACCAUCUGAUACCACAAACUAUGAAGGUUUGGAUACUUACAAUGAAACUUCACAGGAGGAACAAAAUUUGAAUCUGAAUAAUGGAUCACAGAAACCUUCCAACAACAAAAUUCCUACUAAUAAUCAUGUAACAAAGCUCAUGAAAAGAAUUAGAUCAAAGCUUGAGGGCUUUGACUUUGGUGUGCAACACAAAAUGAGUGUCUCUGAACAGGUCACGAGAUCGAUAGAGCAAGCAACAUCUGUGGAUAACCUUUGCUUAAUGUAUGAAGGAUGGACCAGUUGGGUAUAAUUAUUCAACUCAUUUAUCGUUCACACAUGUUCUAUGCAACAAUGGGAUAAGGAAAAUUUUGGGUUAUUUUUUUGGAGACAGAUAAGAAUACGCACCGAGUUAUAGAACUCAUGUAUCUGCUGUUAUGAGGUGAUCUAUCUUCUACAAAUAUAUCUUUCUUAUCCAUCUACUUUUUACCACGCUGCUAAAAGUGGUUUUAAAAAAGUAUCCUAAUUAGUGAAUAAACCCAAUACUC